AGAGGUCCAGCUUUCUCCGGUUUGCUUUUUAAUUUCCUCGGUUUCCUGUUCCGGAGGCGCUGGAGGCGCUACAGUCCUGGCGGCUGUAGAAUAAUCCUAGCUUUGCUUUGACGGCAACCUCGCGGCGCGAGAGCCUUUUGUAGGAUUUUCUGCCAGGAGCUGUGAAGGAUACAGAAAUGACUUAUGAAUCAACCCAUGUCCUCAAGGAGCUAAUAACCUAGUGGAGAAGUUAGAAAUGUACACACAUGACUAUAAUAUGAGGCAGUCUCUGAGUUUAUAUUCUCUGUGGAAGAUGUGACGUAUCCAGACAGUACGUCAUGAUGCAAGGCAAUACGUGUCAUAGGAUGUCGUUCCACCCAGGACGAGGGUGUCCCCGAGGGCGAGGAGGACAUGGAGCCAGACCCUCAGCCCCAGCCUUCAGGCCCCAAAAUCUGAGACUACUUCACCCUCAGCAGCCUCCUGUGCAAUAUCAAUACGAACCUCCAAGUGCCCCUUCCACCACAUUCUCGAACUCUCCAGCUCCCAGUUUUCUCCCUCCACGACCAGACUUUGUACCCUUCCCUCCACCCAUGCCUCCGUCAGCACAAGGCCCUCUUCCCCCCUGCCCUAUACGACCUCCCUUCCCCAACCACCAGAUGAGGCCCCCCUUCCCAGUGCCUCCCUGUUUUCCUCCUAUGCCGCCUCCGAUGCCCUGUCCUAAUAACCCCCCAGUCCCUGGAGCACCUCCAGGACAAGGCACUUUCCCCUUCAUGAUGCCCCCUCCUUCCAUGCCCCAUCCCCCACCACCUCCAGUCAUGCCACAGCAGGUCAAUUAUCAGUACCCUCCAGGAUACUCACACCAUAAUUUCCCACCUCCCAAUUUUAACAGUUUCCAGAACAACCCCAGUUCUUUCCCACCCAGUGCUAAUAACAGCAAUAGUCCUCAUUUUAGGCACCUCCCUCCAUACCCACUCCCAAAGGCUCCCAGUGAGAGAAGGUCCCCAGAAAGGCUCAAGCACUACGAGGAUCACAGGCACCGAGAUCACAGUCACGGGCGAGGUGAGCGGCAUCGGUCCCUGGAUAGGCGGGAACGAGGCCGAAGUCCUGACAGGAGAAGACAAGAUAGCCGCUACAGAUCAGAUUAUGACCGAGGGAGGACGCCGUCGCGUCACCGGAGCUAUGAGCGGAGCAGAGAGCGGGAACGGGAGAGACACAGGCACCGGGACAGCCGAAGAUCACCAUCUCUGGAAAGGUCCUACAAAAAAGAGUAUAAGAGAUCUGGAAGGAGUUAUGGUUUUCCAGUUGUCCCUGAACCUGCUGGAUGCACACCAGAAUUACCUGGGGAGAUUAUUAAAAAUACAGAUUCUUGGGCCCCACCCCCGGAGACUGUGAAUCAUCGCUCCCCAAGUAGGGAGAAAAAGAGAGCUCGUUGGGAGGAAGAAAAAGACAGAUGGAGUGACAGCCAGAGCUCUGGCAAAGAGAAGAAUUAUACCUCAAUGAAGGAAAAAGAGCCAGAGGAGACACUGCCUGACAAAAAUGAGGAGGAGGAAGAAGAACUUCUUAAGCCGGUGUGGAUUCGAUGCACCCACUCAGAAAACUACUACUCGAGUGACCCCAUGGAUCAGGUGGGAGAUUCUACUGUGGUUGGAACAAGUAGGCUCCGUGACUUAUACGACAAAUUUGAGGAAGAACUGGGGAGUAGGCAAGAAAAGGCCAAAGCUGCUAGACCUCCGUGGGAGCCUCCUAAGACGAAGCUAGAUGAAGAUUUGGAGAGUUCCAGUGAAUCCGAAUGUGAGUCUGAUGAGGACAGCACCUGUUCUAGCAGCUCAGACUCUGAAGUUUUUGAUGUCAUUGCGGAAAUAAAACGUAAAAAAGCCCACCCUGACCGACUUCACGAUGAACUUUGGUACAAUGACCCAGGCCAGAUGAAUGAUGGGCCACUCUGCAAAUGCAGCGCCAAAGCGAGACGCACAGGAAUUAGGCACAGCAUUUAUCCUGGAGAAGAGGCCAUCAAGCCCUGUCGCCCUAUGACCAACAAUGCUGGCAGGCUUUUCCACUAUCGAAUUACAGUCUCCCCUCCUACAAACUUUUUGACUGACAGACCAACUGUUAUAGAAUAUGAUGAUCAUGAGUAUAUCUUUGAAGGAUUUUCUAUGUUUGCACAUGCCCCCCUGACCAAUAUUCCACUGUGUAAAGUAAUUAGAUUCAACAUAGACUACACAAUUCAUUUCAUUGAGGAGAUGAUGCCUGAGAAUUUUUGUGUGAAAGGACUUGAGCUCUUUUCGUUAUUCCUGUUCAGAGAUAUUUUGGAAUUGUAUGACUGGAAUCUUAAAGGCCCUUUGUUUGAAGACAGUCCUCCCUGCUGCCCAAGAUUUCAUUUCAUGCCACGGUUUGUGAGGUUUCUUCCAGAUGGAGGAAAGGAGGUGCUGUCCAUGCACCAGAUUCUCCUUUACUUAUUACGGUGUAGCAAAGCCCUGGUUCCCGAAGAGGAGAUCGCCAAUAUGCUUCAGUGGGAAGAACUUGAAUGGCAGAAAUACGCAGAAGAAUGCAAAGGCAUGAUCGUCACCAACCCUGGAACGAAACCUAGCUCUGUCCGCAUUGAUCAACUGGAUCGUGAACAGUUCAACCCUGAUGUGAUUACUUUUCCGAUUAUCGUCCAUUUUGGGAUACGCCCUGCACAGUUGAGUUAUGCAGGAGAUCCACAGUACCAGAAACUGUGGAAGAGUUAUGUGAAACUUCGCCACCUCCUAGCAAAUAGUCCCAAAGUUAAACAAACUGACAAACAGAAGCUGGCACAAAGGGAGGAAGCGCUCCAAAAAAUACGACAGAAGAAUACAAUGAGGCGAGAAGUAACAGUGGAGCUGAGUAGUCAAGGAUUUUGGAAAACUGGCAUCCGUUCUGAUGUCUGUCAGCAUGCAAUGAUGUUGCCUGUUUUGACCCAUCAUAUCCGCUACCACCAAUGCCUAAUGCAUCUGGACAAAUUAAUAGGAUAUACUUUCCAAGAUCGUUGUCUGUUACAGCUGGCCAUGACUCAUCCAAGUCAUCACUUAAAUUUUGGAAUGAAUCCUGAUCAUGCCAGGAAUUCUUUAUCUAACUGUGGAAUUCGGCAGCCCAAGUAUGGAGAUAGAAAAGUUCAUCACAUGCACAUGCGGAAAAAAGGAAUUAACACCUUAAUAAAUAUUAUGUCACGUCUUGGACAAGAUGAUCCAACUCCCUCAAGGAUUAAUCACAAUGAAAGGUUGGAGUUCCUAGGUGACGCUGUUGUUGAAUUUCUGACCAGUGUCCAUUUGUACUACUUGUUUCCUAGUCUGGAAGAAGGAGGAUUAGCAACUUACCGGACCGCCAUUGUUCAGAAUCAGCACCUUGCCAUGUUAGCAAAGAAACUUGAACUGGAUCGUUUUAUGCUUUAUGCUCAUGGACCUGACCUUUGUAGGGAAUCAGACCUUCGACAUGCAAUGGCUAAUUGUUUUGAAGCAUUAAUAGGAGCUGUUUACUUGGAGGGAAGCCUGGAGGAAGCCAAACAGUUAUUUGGACGCUUACUCUUUAAUGAUCCGGACCUACGUGAAGUCUGGCUCAAUUAUCCUCUCCACCCACUCCAACUACAAGAGCCAAAUACUGAUCGACAACUUAUUGAGACUUCUCCAGUUCUACAGAAACUUACUGAGUUUGAAGAAGCAAUUGGAGUAAUUUUUACUCAUGUUCGACUUCUGGCAAGAGCAUUCACAUUGAGAACUGUGGGAUUUAACCAUCUGACCCUAGGCCACAAUCAGAGGAUGGAAUUCCUAGGUGAUUCCAUAAUGCAACUGGUAGCCACUGAGUACUUGUUUAUUCAUUUCCCAGAUCAUCAUGAAGGACACUUAACUUUGUUGCGAAGCUCUUUGGUGAAUAACAGAACUCAAGCCAAGGUAGCAGAGGAACUGGGCAUGCAGGAAUAUGCCAUCACCAAUGACAAGACCAAGAGACCCGUGGCCCUUAGGACCAAGACCUUGGCCGACCUUUUGGAAUCAUUUAUUGCCGCGCUGUACAUUGAUAAGGAUUUGGAAUAUGUUCAUACUUUCAUGAAUGUUUGCUUCUUUCCACGAUUAAAAGAGUUUAUUUUGAAUCAGGACUGGAAUGACCCUAAAUCCCAGCUUCAGCAGUGCUGUUUGACACUCAGGACAGAAGGAAAGGAGCCAGACAUUCCUCUGUACAAGACUCUGCAGACAGUAGGACCCUCCCAUGCUAGAACCUACACUGUGGCAGUGUACUUCAAGGGAGAAAGAAUAGGCUGCGGGAAAGGACCAAGUAUUCAGCAAGCGGAAAUGGGAGCAGCAAUGGAUGCACUUGAAAAAUGAUGUAGGCCAGUUUGCUGAAGACAGGAGGCUCAUCCACAUCUUCCACCAUGAUUCUGACCGUAGCUGCAUCUUUGAAUGGACCCAGGUAGAGAAAGCGGGGUUCAACAUGAGGAUUGGAGGCUUCCACUUUGAGGGUGUACACUUUCUUCUUUUCAAAGUCCAAGACCUUGGGGUGGGUGGGGAGAAGAGACAUAUUUAAAGCAGCCAAGACACAGAAAGACGAGACAUAAGGCAUUUUUAGUGCAAAUCAUGGGUAGUGAAUGUGGUUAUAUUGCUUAGAGACAUCACCACACAGUGUGAUAUUGGGCAAAGGCAUGAGAUGCCACACCAUCCUGAUGAAAAUUGUGGGCUGAAACCAUGCCCACUAUUGCCUUGAAAGUGGGUGCAAGGGUGCAAGGUAUAACGGACAAGGAAGAGAACCUGGAAGCAGGGUCUUGUAUAAAAAAGGACCCCCUGUAAAGAAAAUUCUUGUAUUUGACUAGAGGGAGCCAUGUUAGGGGCAAAUUGGCAAAUCUGACUUUGAUUGAAUACUUAAUGAGUGUUUAAAAUUUGCUGGUAUUGGGGCACCUGGAUGGCUCAGUCGGUUAGGCUUCCAACUUCAGCUCAGGUCAUGAUCUCACGGUUUGUGAGUUUGAGCCCCAUGUCAGGCUCUGUGCUGACACCUCAGAGUCUGGAGCCUGCUUCAGAGUCUGUGUCUCCCUCUAUCUCUUCCCCUCCCCCCCCCCCCUCACGCUCUGUCUCUCUCUGUCUCUAAAAAAUGAGUAAACAUUAAAAAAAACUUUUUAAAAAAAAAAUUUGCCAGUAUCUGGACCCCACCCUGGAUCAUUAAACCAAAAUAUCUGAGGUGGGGGUGGGAAUCUAUACUUUUAAAUACCUCCCCCAGUGAUUCUAAUGUGCAGCCAGAAUUGAGAACCACAAGUUUGCAUCAUGACUUCCUCUUCCUCAUUCAGAUAAAAUAGAUUUAAUAUGUUUUUUUUUUGCAUGUGCCUGAGUUGAUAAAAUAUUCCAAGUGAUAUCCUGAUAAGGGCAUUGGGCUAAUUACUUGCCAACGAAAGUAAUGAUCAUUGUUGUCAGAGGUCUUUAGAAAAAGUAUCUCUGCUUCUGGAGACAUAGUGAACCCAAAUGCUUAUUGCUGACUUUUAGUUUUAGACGAUGAUAUGACAAGGCUCACUAGAAACACAAUUAAUCAAGACAUUAGUGAAAGUGAUUUAGUCAGCUAGGCAAAAUUUCAGUUUGAAUCUGAUAAGGCACUAAGAAAAUUAAAAAGGUUAAUGCACACUAAUGGGCUUCCUAAUUAUAUUAUAGUAUAAAACAUUGGUCUGGAUGUCGCUUAAACAUGUUUUAUUGUGUUUCCAGGUAUUAAGACAUGUAAUUCAAAGCUUAAGAGGAAAGGAUUUUCUUGUUAUUUACAUCUACCUGUGCUUAUUUUUACCAGCAAGUAUGCUAAAGGAGAGAGAAAAUGUUAUUUCAUACAUGAUAAAAAUGCAGUUAUUAAAAAAACU